AUGUCGAGUGCGCGAACCGGUGACACUGCUACCCAUGUCGCCAGGUUACUGUGCCCACAACCUCCUCAAGUUGUUCCUUUGAGAUUUGAUAUCGCAUCGGUCGAAUCCGAGCUGGUUCUCCCUGUGAACGCCACAACUCAACAAGCCGCGCAGGGAUCGCCGCCGCUCCACUCCCGAUCCUUGUUCGCAAAGCUUUUCCUCACGCUCACCAGGACGAAUCGAGCCUAG